AUGGAGUUGGAGGGAGUGGUUGGAGAGAUACCCUCGGUUCACUGCAGAAGUUUUUAUCCGUCUGCGUUUGGAACGCAGUCAAGUCGAUCUCCGUCGACAACAACGGUGUAUUCUAUUCCGGACAGACCAGGCACGCUCAGCCCCCAGUCUCUGAACUCCUUUGCCUCUCUCCCUAAUUCAGCGAAUGUGAGUUCCUCAGUUGCCUUUGGCUGUAAUAUUGGAAAUCGUUGUUAUAGCUACAAAAUCCCCCAAAGCCCUGUGUUUCAGCAAAACAUACUGAAACAAACAGCAAACACGCCUUUGAGUGGACAUACAACAGACAAACCCAUGGACAUGGCUGGUUUCACCAGCAACAGCCUACACUGCAGCGAUGUACAGCGAAGAGUUAAGGAGUUUGGGGUUUAUCAAAGCUAUACGGGUCCGUACUCGCGGAUUCCUGGAUAUAUGGAUGUACCUGUUGUACCUCGGGCGAGAGCCGGAGAUCCCAGACAAGAAGCAGUUUUACCCAUGGAGUGCUAUCAGCCAUGGAGUUGGUCCAGUGCAUGGAAUGGCCAACAAUAUUGCCCAAAAGAUCAAUCGCAGAACUCGUGUAUCUGGAAAUCGCCGCGGACAGAAGAUGUCGCAAGACCUGAUUCCAGCGCUAUCUACAGACGGGGACGGAAGAAAAGAGUUCCUUACACAAAGCUUCAACUAAAGGAACUGGAACGGGAAUACAGCAUCACCAAGUUUAUCACUAAGGAGAAGAGACGGCGGAUAGCUUCAUCCACCAACCUCUCUGAGAAACAAGUGACAAUAUGGUUUCAGAAUCGUCGUGUAAAAGACAAAAAAAUUUUGUCCAAAUCAUCUAAAGAUUUUGAGCCUUACCACUGA